AUGAUGAAGGAUGAGGUGGGGCAGGGAAAGGGGAAGGAGAGGGCCAAGGAGGAGAUUUUGGGCGGGGUUGAGACUGAUAGGGAAGGUGGUGAGUUAGAGUUGAAGAAGAAGAAGUUGAUGGAGAUGAUAGAAGAGAUGGAGAAGUUGGAGGCGGAGAUAGCAGGUCUUGCUGUUGACAAGGAUAUGUGAUUUUAAAGCAGAAUGCAAAUUAUUGGGCUUCAAUUGUAGUUAAUUAUAAUCAUUGUUUAUCCAAGCGUUUAAAUGAAAGUUG